AGAGGGAGGGCAGUUAAGAAGCUAUUGCAGUAAUCCUGGCGCUAAGAUGGGCGUCUGUGAGAAGGGUAAAGAGGUGGGCUGGCAGAGGAGGUGGACGACAAAGUUCUUCAUGCUGCUUUUAUCCCAUUUGGAGACAUCACAGAUAUUCAGAUUCCUCUGGAUUAUGAAACAGAAAAGCACCGAGGAUUUGCUUUUGUUGAAUUUGAGUUGGCAGAGGAUGCCGCGGCAGCUAUUGACAACAUGAAUGAAUCUGAGCUCUUUGGACGGACAAUUCGUGUCAAUUUGGCAAAACCAAUGAGGAUCAAGGAAGGCUCUUCCAGACCAGUGUGGUCAGAUGAUGACUGGUUGAAGAAGUUCUCUGGGAAGACUCUCGAGGAGAAUAAAGAGGAAGAAGGGUCAGAGCCUCCCAAAGUGGAGACCCAGGAGGGAGAGCCUGCUGCGAAAAAGGCCCGAUCAAAUCCUCAGGUGUACAUGGACAUCAAGAUUGGGAACAAGCCAGCCGGUCGCAUCCAGAUGCUCCUGCGUUCAGACGUUGUCCCCAUGACGGCAGAGAAUUUCCGAUGCCUGUGCACCCAUGAGAAGGGCUUUGGCUUUAAGGGAAGUAGCUUUCACCGCAUCAUCCCCCAGUUCAUGUGCCAGGGCGGCGAUUUCACGAACCACAAUGGCACUGGGGGCAAGUCCAUCUACGGGAAGAAAUUCGAUGAUGAGAACUUUAUCCUCAAACACACGGGACCAGGCCUGCUCUCCAUGGCCAACUCCGGCCCAAACACCAACGGCUCCCAGUUCUUCCUGACGUGUGACAAGACGGAUUGGCUGGAUGGCAAGCACGUGGUGUUCGGGGAGGUCACAGAAGGCCUGGAUGUCUUGCGGCAGAUUGAGGCCCAGGGCAGCAAGGAUGGGAAGCCAAAGCAGAAGGUAAUCAUUGCCGACUGUGGGGAGUACGUGUGAGUCCACAAAGUCUCGGCACUGCCCCUGCAUAUCCAGGAGCUGUCAGCCUGGGAACCAGCACCUGAGGGUGUCUGUCCCCUUUGUGGCAAGCAGGGGUUUGUGUCGUGGCCCUUCUUGGACUCAGCUCGGAGCAACUCUUCUGCAGGUACGGCCUGGGCUCCCUCUGGCUCUUUCCCAGGUGUGGCCGUGGGCCUGGGAGCCGGCACAGGGGCCGCCUUCCCCACUGUGGACAGGCUGUGCGUGGUCUUUUCCGGCCUUUGCUGCCACGGCUUCUCCUUGGCCCGCCAGUGUGGCUCCUGGACGUUUCUUGUAGUAAAAUAAAUCCUAGUUCCUGUACUGCCGAGUCCAGCUAGUUCCUAGCAGUUGUCAGAGAUUAUGUCUGUGGCUAAGCUGUCCUGCUGAAUUAGGCUGGCAAAGGGAUGGGGCAUAGCUUUUCUCUACUCUCUUGGAUAGUUCCCUGAGAUGCCAAGUAAUAGGUCUUCAAGCCAGGUUCCCUUGUCAGAUCAUUGUCAGGACGGUGGAAAUCAAAGAUAGUGGAAAAAUUCCUGUCUUCUGCUGCCUGUGCUCCUAAACUCAUGCUGGCUAGUCUUGUAGGCAGCAAGCGUAGUUACAGCUCUCAGCGAUUCAUGUGUUUAUUUCUUCAUAUUCACUCUACAGAUACUAAGUAAGCUCUGUGCCCAGCGUAGGGCUUGAACUCACAACCCAGAGGUCAGGAGCCACAUGCUCUACUGACUAAGCCAGCCAGGUGCUCCCAUUCUACAGAAUUUUUCACACAAUAUUUUAUAACUCAAAAUGCCUUCUCUGUGCCACGUACUAUGCUUAUUUGUCUGGAGACAGGAUGUCACCCAGCUACCUGGGUCUAACCAACCUGUUGCCUUUUUUGUGAAUAAAGUUAUUGGAACACAGCCACAUCCAUCUGGUUACAUAUUCUCUAUGGCUGCUUCCUUAUCACAGUGACAGAGCUGAGUAGUUGGCGACAGAUACUAUAUGGUCCCCAUGUUAAAGCUCUCCAGAGAAACAGAACCAAUAGGAUGUGUGUAGACAUGUGUAUAUAUAGAGAGAGAUUUAUUUUAAGGACUUGGCUCCGUGAUCGUGGGGCUUGCAAGUCAGAACUCUGCCGGGCAGGCAAGCAGGCUGGGACCCAGGGAAGAGUUGAUGUUGCAGGUCAAGUCUGAAGGGCUGUCUAGAGGCAGAAUUCUUCCUCCCUCUGGCAAGCUCAGUCUUUUCUCUCUUAAAGGCCUUCGACUGAUUGGAGGAGGCCCACCCACAUUUUGGAGAGUAAUGUGCUCUACUUCCAGCCUGUUGCUUUAAAUGUUAAUCACAUCUGAAAAGUACCUUCACAGCAGCAUCUGGACUGGUGUUUGACCAAAAACUGGCCGUGGUGGCCCAGCCAGGUUGACACACAAAACUAACCAACACAGCCUCAAAGCCUAAAAUAUUUAUGACAUGAACCUUUGCAGAAAGUUUGCUGAUGGCUGAAACAAAUGGUCUCACUCCAUGCUGAGCUCACAGUCUGGUCCUCCUAAUGCAGCCACUGCUUGGAGCUCAAGCUUCUCUCUGCGUGCUCAGCCAGGUGGCUUUCAAGCAUCCCUCACCUGCUGAAGGCCUGAGCAGGGACGAGCCCUGUGGCCACUAGGCACCUCUCUGGUUGGGUUGCUAGGACCAUUCAGAAUCCAUGGGGCUGGGCUUUUUGAUGUUAAGAUCUGGACGAGCCUGGUGCCUCCUGGCCCCGGUGACCCCAGGAUAGCUCCUGUAAGGGAUGUUGGCUGAGCUCCUACUUGGGGUUUCUGUCUUCCUUGUGGCUAGGAUGUACCACAUGGUUACCCUUGACCCUACAGAGCUCCCAAGAGAGACCUUCCCUCAAAGCACAGGCCCCCACUCUGAGGGCAGACUAUGGCCAUCACAGGUCAGCCACCAGGAAAGGAUGUGUAUAAAAGGGUAUAGCACAGCCACCUCCCAAGAGGGGACUGACUCCUAUGAUGACCUUGUUGCUUUCUCUUGUUCCUUGGUAGCACCCACUGGGUGCCAGUGCCCCUCCCAGUGUGCUACGGACCAUCUGCAGGUGUUAUCCCUGUAUCCACAGCAGAACCCUAUACAGAGGUAAACCAAGGCCUGGGUGACAUGGCUACAAAGUCCCAGAACAUGGUAGAGCAGGAUAGGAAGCUCGGCCUGCCUCCCCCUAGUCAAGUGGGGUCCUGGGAGGUUUAUUGGGCUCUAGCCUCGGCCUAUGGCAGGGGGCCCAAGGCCCUCAGGGAGACGCAUAGUCCCUAUAGUUGGCCUGGACCCUUUGGGGAGACCUAAGGAAACAGGGUUCUUCCCUGCCAGACAGGAGGUGCCCCAGAGGCUGGGGAGCAGUGGCCUGGCUACCUGAUCAGCUCCUCACAGCAUACUACCAAACCUGUUACUUGGGAAGGCUCUGGUCCUUCGGAAGUGUACCCAAGGGUGUCUGAGGUAACUUCCUGGUCUGCAUGUGCAUUGCCUCAGCCCCAGCACCUCAAACAGGGCUGGGUUUUGCCAGUGCACGGACUCCUUCAGGUUGUGGCCCCAGGGUUGGUCCCGUGGCUGCUGGAGUUUCCUCUUUGACAGCACCUCAGCCCUCAGAUGUGGCUGGCCGUGAUGUCACAGUCCCACAAGCCUGCAGCAACACUCCAGGAAGGGAUUUGGGACCUACUUUUUAGUUGUGAACACAGUCUUGUAGGCUGCGGGUGUUAAAAACCAAGAAAGCCAUGUUUUCAAAAAAUAUUAACAGGAAAAUUUCUACUACAUAAUAAAGUGGGAAAAGCAUAUUUCAAAGCAAUUUAUAUGAUAUGGUGUGAUCCCAAUUUUGUAAAAAUACCUAUCUAUAACAUGUAAACAUCUAAACAUGUGUAUCCUAAGGAAAAAGCCUAGAAACAAAUUCACUAAAAUACUGUGUUUAUGAAUCAUACAACUGUGACAAUUUCAGAUUUUUUUUUCCAAUUUGUCCUCCAAAACUGCAUUAUUUUUGUAAUAAAUGAAAAACCUGUUUUUUAAAA